AUGUCGUCUGGCACCACCAGGGUCUCAACCCAUGAGCGGCGCGCAAACGGCUCGACCGCCGGCGUUGACCAGGACCGACCUUCACGAACGGCACGAAUGAACGCAGCAGGCGCAGCGGCGAGCGGCACGGGCACAGGUAGCGGGCAGACGAGCUUCAAGAGCGAGCGCAGCGAGAGGAGCGAUGCGCGACAACGAGAGAGGGAACGAGAGCGGCCGCGGGAGCGCGAGCGUGAGCGUGAACGAGAGCGGGACCACCACCAGCAGCGCGAGAGGGAGGAGAGAGAGGCGUCACCUGGAGGCAAUGCGCACAAGAGAUCUGCGUCAGGGAAUCCCAGAGCUACGAGCAGGAUGCACGACGACAGGCGUGUGGAGGAGAGGCGGACAGAGAGGACAUAUGUGACGGAGCGCGAGACCAUGACGCAGCGGACGAGGAGCCCAGUGAGGGGUGGAGGCGAUAAGGGGAAGAACGGCGAGGCCAAGUCGCGGGCGGCUGAGGCGAAGCCCAAGGAGGCCAAGGUUGACACUCUGCAAGCACCUUGGAACCCAGAGGCGACUCUAUUACCUCACACAUCGGCUCCCCUGGCCUGUCGAAUAUCCAUACCGCCGUUGGCGGCACAGGCGCCGCAGCCUCAACAGCCGAAACCACUAAACGAGCUAUCUCUCGAGGCGCAAGAGGCGGUGAUGUUAGAGGAUCUCCUCUUCGUCUUCAUGGGCUACGAGGGGCAGUAUAUCCGCUUCGCAAAGACUUAUAAUCCGCACGAGGAGAGGGACCGGCUGUCGGGGCCCACGUUCAGGAUACUGCCAGGCCUGGAUCCUAGUUUGCUGGACCUGACACUGUCGAUGCUGAAAAUGGCAACAUAUUAUUCAGCCCUCGAAAUGUUCGUCGAUGUGCAGAGUAGAGAGGAAUUCGGCGCCGUCAAUCACGCUCUUUGCGCCUCCAUCAGGAAAUUCUUGCACGACUACCUCAUUAUGAUCGCGCAGCUGGAGACACAGUUCCUGACCAACGAGACUUUUACUCUACACGUUUUAAACAUCCACACCUUACCGACGAGCAAGAUGAUGUCGCAUCUAUACUCCCUAGCACACGAUCUGCUCAAAAGGAACGCGCUUCUAGAUGACGAUGACGAAGAAGAAAGCGAUAGCGCAGACGACUUUGAGAAUAUUCUCGAGUCGCUGCGGGAGGGCGGCGACCUAGUCCCGGGCUCGGGCAAGAAGAUUUGCAAAGGCGGCGUCGUGUUGGGUCUCAUCACAAAGAGGCUCGAGUCCAUGUCCGGAGACCCGGCUGCGCGCGCGCUGUUGACGUCGCUGCUGCGCGAUGCUAGUAAACCUUACAUGGUGAUGCUCAACGAGUGGCUACACCACGGCAGCAUCAACGACGCGCACGCCGAGUUUCUAGUCAAGGAGCAAAAGAGCAUUCGGAGAGAACGGCUGGAGCAGGACUACACGGACGAGUAUUGGGAGCGACGGUACACGAUCCGGGAACACGAUAUUCCCCCUCAACUGGAAGGUGUCAAGGACAAGGUACUAUUGGCGGGCAAGUAUCUCAACGUCGUCAGAGAAUGCGGCGGCGUGGACGUGAGCAAGGUCGUUCAGGACGUGCCCACAUCGUUUGACGACAGCCGCUUCCUGGAGAACGUCAACAAUGCGUACGCGCACGCCAACGAGUCCCUCAUGCAGCUGCUGCUCACGACGCACUCGCUUCCCAUUAGGCUGCGGUCGCUUAAGCACUACUUCUUCCUGGACCCGUCCGAUUACUUUUCCUACUUCCUCGAGCUCGGCACGUCCGAGCUGCGGAAGCCUGUCAAGUCCGUUAACACCGGCAAACUGCAGUCCCUGCUCGACCUGGUGCUGCGCCAGCCGGGCAGCGUCGUCUCGCUGGACCCUUUCAAGGAGGACGUCAAGGUGGAGAUGAACGAGAUCACGCUCGUCAAAUCCCUGCAGCGGGUCGUCAACAUCACGGGUAUCGAGCAGGGCGAGACGCUGCAGCCGCUCGCGAACCAGCAACCCAUCGAGAACGACAAGAACGCCAUCGGCUUCACGUCGCUCCAGCUGGACUACACGGUGCCCUUCCCCGUCUCCCUCGUCAUCAGCCGCAAGACCGUGUGGCGGUACCAGGCGCUGUUCCGAUACCUCUUGUCGCUGCGCUACCUCGAGUCCCAGCUCUCGACGACGUGGUACUCGCAGACCUCAGGCCUGACGUGGUCGCACAAGAGCUCCUCGCGCGGCCUCGAGAUCUGGAAGCGCCGCGUGUGGACGCUGCGCGCGCGCAUGCUCGUCUUUGUGCAGCAGCUGCUGUACUUUUGCACGGCCGAGGUUAUUGAGCCCAACUGGGCAAAGUUCAUGUCCCGGCUUAAAGUCGGCGAGGAGGGCCAGGAGGCGACGGCGGCGGGGGGCACGACGCCUACGCGGACGGUAGACGAGUUGAUGCAGGAUCAUGUGGAUUUCUUGGAUACGUGCUUGAAGGAGUGUAUGCUCACCAACAGCAAGCUUCUCAGGGUACGUCUUUUCUCCUUCUCACUACCACCCUCGAUGUCGUUUAUAGUACAGUUCCCAGCUAACGUGCAAACCCUCGGCCAGAUCCACUCCAAACUCAUGCAAACCUGCACAGUCUUUGCAACCUACUCCAACUGGCUCUCCCGCGAGCUAGAAAAGGCCGACCCGGACCUCUCCGGCGCCACGCGCCCGCCCAACAUGACGGCAGACCAAUGGCGCGCCUUCCAAGCCGUCAGGACGCAGAAGCCCUCGUCCGGGCCGGGCGCGGGCGGCACCACCUCGCACAACGAAUUGACUUCAUCGGCGGGGGCCGGUGGCGGCAGUGGCAGCGCCGCGGAGCAAGAAGCCCGCGUGAGCAACCUCUUUGAGAUUAUGAAGAAGUGGGAGGGCAACUUCAGCAGGCACCUGCAGAUCCUGCUCGACGCGCUGAACCACUACGCCGCGACAGAGACGGUCGUCCUGCUGAGUCUCUGCGCGAGGUUGAGUACCGCGAACCAGGGGACCGAGUAUGCGGGGUUGAGGAACGAGGACGAUAGCGUCGCGUGA